CAUUUCCUCUGAUGUCACGAUGCAAACAAAAUGGCGGACGUCGAGGACGAUGUGUACCGUAAAGUCUUAGAAAUUUUUAGACGAGCAUCAUGAAAUAGCUGUUAUUUUGGUCGUGCUGACCAAUGCAUUCAAAUGGUGGAAAGUAUGGUUGUAGAGAAUGGUGUCCAGCGACUGUUUGUGGUCGGAAGCGAGGAUGGAUUUUACGAAAACAUCGACAGUCCUGCGUUUCUUGGUGAUGAAGAUCCAAACAUUUUCUUUCAUCGGGUUGACUCCGAUCAGAUUAUAUAUCAACCUCGAAGGAAGAGAGCUAAGUUUAUUGGGAAAUAUUUAAUGGGAGAUGCGCUUGGUGAGGGAUCUUACGGCAAAGUUAAGGAAAUGCUCGACAGCGAAAAUCUUCGACGUUGUGCUGUGAAAAUCAUGAAACGACGAAAACUGAGAAGAAUUCCAAAUGGAGAGCAAAAUGUUCAGAGGUGAUAGCGUGUUCUUCGUUCUUUUUUUUUUUAUUUACCGAAGGAAGUUUGUCAAUAGAGUGUGUGUCACUGAUUUUAAGUAUGGGAUCAUAUCCUAAUUGAUAGAUUCAAUUUUAACAGACAAGAUUGUAACCUUGUAUAUCUUUGAAACUUUAUUAAUCGACAGAGAAAUUCAGUUGCUGAAACGGCUGUGCCACCCAAAUGUCAUUAAACUGUACGAUGUGAUGUACGACGAACAAAAACAAAAAAUGUAUCCUUUAUGUCAAAACAGAAGCAUUGCAUUCCGCACAUUUUUUGACCGGCAUUUCUGCAGAAAUCUAAUAUACCAUUCAUUGUUUUACGCUAUUUACUUACAUUGACAACGAUACAAUACUUUGAUACAGUACCUUAAAUCUUAUUUCUACCUGUUGUUGUUAUUUUUUGUCGCUUCUGUAGUGAGAGUAUGUGAACAUGAAAAUUAUACAAUGUAAGACCUCCAAGAAUGUAGUGAAAUAGAAUAGGAAAUCAGUUGCAAAUUAUUUCUUUAUUUGAAAUACAUGAUAAUGGUAGAAAUUUCUUUACAUGUACAUGUUUUAUGAAACCCUAAAAACAAUAUAUGUUGAUCAACACUUUUUGAAAAAAAUGUUUUUUUUCUUUCUUUUUUUUUUUUUUUAUAGAGGGGGGGUAGGGUCUAUAUAGCCCUCAUUUUCUCCUAAAUGUGAAUUGGUUUUGGUAGACCUUCAAGCAGAUUUGACAGUAAUAUUUGUUUAAAUGUAACCUGGAACACUGUAGCUUUUUUCUUUUUUACUCAAAUCUCUAGGGUUAACCAAAUGAUGUCAUGUAGCUGUGCUUAAAAUUAAUUUGCUUCCAUGCAUUGUUUUGAAUUUUGUAUUUCUUUAUCCCACAUAGCAUUAUAAAACUAUGAUCUUCCAACAAAUAAGAAAACAUGAGCUUGUCUGAUACCUGCAACUAACACACUUGUUACUGUUGAUUAAAUAUCAUGAAAGAACUGAGCAAUGCUCUGGUUAAAACCUUGACAGACUUUUUGUGAAGGUAUAUGAUUAUGGAAUAUUGUGUAGGAGAACUCCAAGAGAUGUUGGAAAGUGUUGAAGGACAUAAAUUUCCCAUAUGGCAGGCCCAUGGGUAAGUAAACAAUAAGCUGCAACAGAAGUAGGCAACAACAUGGACUGUUGUGGAACUUAAGAAAACCAUGUUGAUGCUUUUAUCCACACAUUGUUAAAAUUGAUUCCUCAGUUUUCUGUUAGGAAACUAGAUUUGACUUCCUUUUUAUAUUUUUUGUAGGUAUUUCACUCAGUUGUUGAAUGGUCUUGAGUAUUUACACAGUCAAGGAAUUAUUCAUAAAGAUAUCCUUUGACAGACCUUUCAUUUUUACUGAUUACUAAGUUGUUUAUAUUCAAAGUUAUGAUCAGUGCCAGGAGCUCAACUUUUUUUCAGAUCCCUCAUUUGGUAUUGCUAGUUCAUAAGAUGGUCCCUGAUAUGAAAUUGUAGUCACCAAAUAAAACGUUGAAAAAAGGGAAAAGGAAAUUUUGCACAAUAUUUAAAAAUUAUUCACUGAAGUGGAGGUGGCCAGCAGUGGAUAUUUACCAACCACAAAACAACAAGGAAGAUAUCCACCACUUUCACAGGCUCUGUGGUGAACAACUGUUUCAGUAUAUACCGAUUAGAAACUGAAAAUUAGUCUCUUUCUGUGACGUAUUACUGGUACUCUGUCUGUUUGGCUGCUCAAAGGUGAAUAAUGCUUGCUCAUCACUUCCUUACUAGCUGAGUCAUUAACCUUAAUUUUGUAUUAAAUAUCAAGCCUGGUAAUUUACUCUUAGCAACUGAUGGGACUUUAAAGAUAUCAGACUUUGGAGUUGCAGAGGUUUGUAAAUUGCUUUAAAAAUAAAGUCCUUUUUACUGAGGGGGGGAUUAUUUGAAUGUGUAUGUGAGUGCAUAUAUACUUAAUUGACCACAAAUUGAAACAUUUGUUAAGAAAUGUAGUGUUUUUCAAAAAUCCCAACUGGCAGGAGGCAGACCAGUUGGCCACAUACAAGGCAGAGCAAAAGAGUUGAAUUUGGGACAACUGUGAAAAAAAUCCAGUGACCAUUAGGGUGUAGGGCUUGAAUUGGGACCACCAGAUUACAAUCCCAGGGCCCUAACCACUCAGCCACACUACCUCUACACAAUCACUCUGACAUAGGGCUAAUGCUCAAAAUGUCAGCUCUUAAACUCUUUACGGUGGCCAAUUUUUAUUAUCAAAUACAGUUGAUAAGACUAAAUUACCCUGUUAUACCCUCUCACCAAUGCAGCGCCACAGUUUCUUUAGAAACUUACCCCCUUUAUUCAUUUACCUCCACACUACCUUACUUAACAUGUAAUCUGACCAUUUAUGUGGUACAAAGGUAUUUCUAACAUUUAUGAACAAUUGUAGAUUUGUCUUCUGAGAACAGUUGCUCUAGAUUUGAAUUUGCUUUCUGUUCUUGUAGAGGUUAGGACCAUUUGCAGUUGAUGACACUUGCAGGACAAGCCAAGGAUCUCCAGCUUUUCAGCCACCAGAGAUUGCCAAUGGAUUGGAGACAUUCUCUGGUUUUAAAGUAGAUAUAUGGGCAGCUGGAGUAACACUGUAAGUGGAACCUUCAAUUAUUUGUUGAUUAUAAUCUGGAAUUGCAUUUGGUUUAGCAACAUUUAGCUUUGUUAUUAAUUAAAGUACUUGUAUAUCAUGUUGAAGCAUUAUGUAUUGGUGUAGCUUUGAUUAAAUGCUUAAGUGGAGUUUAGUUUGCAAUGAAGAAAUCUCCUAUGAGUGUAUUUAUGUAAAGAUAUAUUUCCUUGUUGAGUUUUCAUUGUUUUAGUACCUAGAGAUGUUAUUGUAACAAAUUGUGACCAUAACAUGAUUUCUGUAUUACUCAGGUUCAACAUUACCACUGGAAAAUACCCAUUUGAAGGGGAAAAUAUUUAUAAAUUGUUUGAAAAUAUUGGCAAAGGAGAAUUUACAGUUCCUGAAGGAGUGGAUGAUUUGUUAGCUGAACUUCUGAGAGGUAAAACUUGGAAAGUUAACAAUUCAUGGUUAUCUUACAGAUUUGAUGAGGAUCAAUAUAACAAGCCUUUGGCUGUUAGGCAAGCACAGUGUCAUAAGAUAAAAUAAGAUAAUUUUUGAUCUUGUCAGGGGCAUAGUAGAUUGAACUAUUCUACAUAAAAUUAUUUUACCUUGAGCUACAAUGUACAUGUAGUUAGCCCAUGUACUUGGUAUAAUUUUGGCAAGGUGGUUCACAGUAGUUUCCUCGUGAAGAAAAGUGGAAGGAGAGGGGAGGGUGCAGGGAAAUAGAAAUUAAGCCUUUUCCCACCUCUCUCCCCCCCACCAUCCACUCUAAUUUUAAAUCAAACAUGGCCAGUGGAAUAAAUGAUUGUAAUCUUGUAACAUUAACUUGUCUUAAUGAUAUGACUGCACUGCAGACUAUAAGCCAGAGAAAUAUAAGUUCACUUACACCAGAUAUACAAUAUGAUUAUAAUAUCACAAUUAUGUUGUCCUUUUUUUUUUCUCUUAGGGAUGCUGAAUGCAAAUCCUUGCAACAGAUUUACUAUUCAGGAGAUACGAAAACACAGGUAAUAGUAGAUUAAAGGAAGUAGCACAUUAUUUUUUCAUUGAGGAGAAAUGGUGUAGAAUUAAGACACAUUUUCAUUAAUAAGUUUUUAAAGAGCUGACUGUGGCUGUUAAAAGGAUAGAAUAUUUCAUCUACCAAGGAAUUGCACUGACAUGGAGAUUUUGGUUUGAUUUGCAAAUGCUUUUCUAAUUUGUGCAAUUUGCAAUUGAGUGUCAAGAGUAAUCUGCACUUUCAUUGUUUUUCUUUUCCUUUUGAUUUAUUCAGAAAAUUAACACCACCCUCUCAACUAAUUUACUGAUAAUUCUGUUUGCCCAAAACUUGUUUUUCUUCUGUGAGGAAUUAUUUCCUUCAUAUGUAACUGGUUCAUGCAGAUACUGGCAACAACCUACCUAAUUUUAGUCCAUUUUUCAUUAUUAUCAUUAUUAUUAUUAAAAUCAGAUGGGUUUGUAAAAACCACUGGAAGACAAACUACAGGGUACCCAUUCCACCCACUGAGGAAGGUGACAUGUUGCGCAGCAUGAGUGUAGUUCCUUACCUUGAUGAUCUACACAAUCCAACUCUAGACGAGGAAGGUCCUCAAGAAUACAGUCACAUUGAGGAAUCUUACUCGGCAGGUUAGUGAACAAGUAUCAAGUGGUAUAUUAUUAAAUAGGUAAAUCCUUAAUCGAUUUUCCUUUAAGUAAAUGUACUCCUAUAAAAUCUGAUGUGAGUGCUUCCCCUGCCUUCUUUGGAUGAUGAAUGUUACAACUUGCCUUACAUGUCUGUCAUCAUGAACAAUAUUGUCAAAAAGGAUCAAUUUCAGUAUCUGAGCAACUCCACUUACCCCUCCCCUAACCCAACAACAGUCCACUGAUUACAAGUUGAGGUUUAAUGUUGGGUUAGGGGAGGGGUAGGUUUGCAGUUGCUCAGAUACUGAUAUUGAUCCGUCAAGAUCAUGGACCUUCUUGCAUUACACCAUUAAAGAAUUUUUUAAAAGGAGAAAAGAAUUAUCAGAGUCACAUGAAAUAAAUGAUUUGUGAUGUAUCUGUCGAUUUUAGGAACGUACACACUGAGAGUAAUUAAUUAUGUGUUAUUCAUAAUUUUUUUCCUAACAGAUGAUUCAUUAGAUAGUGUCAGAUCACCUGCCACUCCUAGCAGAAGAAAAUCCAUCCUGAAAAGACCAAGUCUUGGAUCAUGCAAAGCACAGUAAAAACAUACAUAAAUCUCUUAACUCCCUUAAGUUAUGAAUCAUAUUAAUAAUUGAUUGUACUGUGUUAUUUGGAAAACUUAUGAUUCUCUGGAAGUGGUUUGGGGGAAAACCAUUUAAAACCUUUUUCUUACGUUUGUUUAGGUGUACAUAAUCAAUAUUAUUUCAAUAAUUGGCCAUGAGGCAGCACGGAUUUUUGUACAUUUGUAUUUGAAGCAUCUUCCAAUUUCUACAGUCUGGUGCUAGUGAAGUAUAACAGCUUGUGUGAUUAAAUAAAAUAGCAUUGAAUUG